AUGAUGCGACCACCGCUUCCUCAGAGCUAUCCCCGUGGCGGUUUCCCUUUGGAAGUGUCUACCCCGCUAGGCCAGGGUCGGGUCAACCAACUUGGGGGAGUUUUCAUCAACGGUCGGCCUUUGCCCAACCACAUAAGACACAAAAUCGUGGAGAUGGCGCAUCACGGCAUUCGUCCCUGUGUCAUCUCGCGGCAGCUGAGAGUUUCUCACGGCUGUGUGUCCAAAAUUCUUUGUCGGUACCAGGAGACCGGUUCCAUCCGACCCGGAGCUAUCGGCGGAGGCAAGCCCAAGAUGACUGAGCCGGACAUAGAGAAACGCAUUGAGGAAUAUAAACGAGACAAUCCAGGAAUAUUCAGCUGGGAAAUAAGGGAUAAAUUACUCAAAGACAGAGUUUGCGACCGGAACAAUGUGCCCUCAGUCAGCGCGAUCAGUCGCAUAAUGCGCGGGGGAAAGGGUGACGAAGAAGAGGAUGAAGACGAGAGCGAGAAGCGGGAACAGCAAGAGCACGUGCAGAGGACCAGGCACAGCAUCGAGGGCAUUUUAGGAGCUCGAUCUGGGCAGUCUGAGGAGGGUUCUGAUGUGGACUCAGAACCAGAUCUGCCCCUGAAGAGGAAACAGAGACGCAGUCGAACAACCUUCAGCUCAGAGCAGCUGGAGGAGCUGGAGAGAGCAUUUGAACGCACACACUACCCCGACAUUUACACACGCGAAGAACUGGCCCAGAGAGCCAAGCUUACAGAAGCCCGCGUGCAGGUUUGGUUCAGUAACCGGAGAGCUCGCUGGAGAAAACAAGCUGGGGCCAAUCAGCUGAUGCCAUUUGGUCACCUGAUCCCUGGUGGCUUCCCACCCGCAGCCAUGUCUAGCCUCUCGUCCUAUCAGCUCUCAGAGAGCCCCUACUCACCCUCAAGCCUAACUCAAGGUACUUCCUCAUAUGAUCCUAAUCCUGCUCUUCACAGGCUGCAGGCCAUGCCUCCCUCCUCAGGUCAUCAGUGUUCCAGAGGGGUGAGACAGGAAGGCGGGGCUUCCUACUGUCUGUCAAAUCGUCAUGGUUACACGGGUUAUUCAGAGAGCUUUGGGUCUCAUGUGAACCACUCCAACCCCAACAUCAGCAAUGGACUACCAACACAGGUGAUGGGGUUGUUGUCCCCGGGUGGAAUACCUCACCAGUCCCACAGCGACUUUACCAUCUCUCCCCUACCCAAUGGACUGGACACCACCUCCUCCCUCAGUCCCACAUGCACCCAGCGCGUGGAGACUCUGACCAGCACUCCCAGUAUAACCAGUCCGCCCAGCUCCCAGUCAUACUGCCCCUCUACGUACCCUCCUGCCCAUUACAGUGCUGAACACACCAGCUCUUACCAGUACAACCAAUACACUCAAAGUUCCUUUCACUAUCUAAGGCCGGAGAUUGCUUGA